AUGGCAAUGUUCCUCAAGCUUGUGUUUUUUUCCCUUCUAGUGUUGACACAGUCUCUCGUUUUGGUUUCAAAGUACACCGAAGAUCAAAACUCUGAUAGGAAGUCUCUUAUUUCCUUCAAAAAUGCACUAAAAUCCACAAAAGUCCUUUCUUCAUGGAACACAACGAGCCACCAUUGUAGCUGGGUUGGCGUUUCUUGCCAACUCGGCCGAGUUGUUUCAUUGAUGCUGUCUGCUCAGGGCCUUGAAGGCCCACUCUACCCUUCUCUUUUCGAUCUUUCUUCCUUAACCGUCCUUGAUUUGUCCUAUAACCUUCUUUUUGGUGAAGUCCCUCGUCAAAUUUCAAACCUUAAACGAUUGAAACACCUUUCUCUAGGUGAUAACCUUCUAUCAGGCGAGUUACCGAGCGAGCUCGGUCUGCUGACUCAGCUCCAAACCCUACAACUCGGUCCCAACUCGUUCGCCGGGAAAAUUCCUCCGGAGCUUGGGAGGUUAUCCCAGCUCAAUACUCUUGACCUCUCAAGCAAUGGGUUCACCGGGUCAGUGCCGAAUCAACUCGGUAAGUUGACUGGGCUUCAGUUAUUGGACCUUGGCAACAACCUCCUGUCAGGUUCUCCUGUAACGCUCUUUAAACUUGAAUCUAUAACAUCCUUGGAUAUAUCAAACAAUUCCUUUUCUGGUCCAAUUCCACCUGAAAUAGGCAACCUUAAAAACCUUUCUGAUCUUUACAUUGGUGUCAACUUGUUUUCUGGUCCUUUGCCACCACAAAUUGGCGACCUUUCAAGACUCGUAAACUUCUUUGCACCUUCAUGUGCAAUCACUGGUCCUUUGCCUGAAGAAAUUUCCAAUUUGAAGUCACUAAGUAAACUUGACCUUUCAUACAAUCCAUUGAAGUGUUCAAUACCGAAGUCUGUUGGUAAAAUGGAAAGCCUGUCAAUAUUGUAUCUUGUUUACUCUGAGCUUAAUGGCUCUAUGCCUGCAGAACUUGGAAAUUGCAAAAACUUGAAGACUUUGAUGUUGUCUUUCAAUUCUCUGUCUGGGGUUUUACCAGAAGAGCUUUCUAUGUUGCCUAUGUUAACAUUUUCUGCUGAUAAGAAUCAACUCUCUGGGCCAUUGCCUGCUUGGCUUGGAAAGUGGAACCAAGUGGAAUCACUUUUGCUUUCAAAUAAUAGAUUUACGGGGAAAAUUCCAGCUGAAGUUGGGAAUUGCUCGGCGUUGAGAGUGAUUAGUUUGAGUAGUAACAUGCUGAGUGGGGAGAUACCAAGAGAGCUUUGUAAUGCUGUUGAACUUAUGGAGAUUGAUCUUGAUGGGAACUUCCUGGCUGGUGAUAUUGAGGAUGUGUUUUUGAAGUGUACUAAUUUGAGUCAGUUGGUUUUGAUGAAUAAUCAGAUUAAUGGACCGAUUCCGGAGUACUUAGCAGAGCUUCCUUUAAUGGUGCUUGACCUUGAUUCCAACAAUUUCUCGGGUACCAUACCUUUAAGUUUAUGGAACUCCCUGAACCUGAUGGAAUUCUCUGCUGCUAAUAAUUUCUUGGAGGGUUCUCUGCCUGCGGAGAUUGGCAAUGCUGUUCAGUUGGAGAGGCUGGUGCUUAGCGACAAUCAAUUAGGGGGUAUUAUCCCUAAGGAGAUAGGCAAUCUCACAGCUCUUUCAGUGCUCGACUUGAACUCUAAUCUGUUGGAAGGGAACAUUCCUGUGGAGCUGGGACAUUCUGUUGCACUCACCACAUUGGACCUGGGAAAUAAUCGACUUUGUGGAUCAAUACCGGAGAAUCUUGCAGAUUUGGUUCAAUUACAUUGCUUGGUUCUUUCUCACAAUAAGUUAUCAGGGUCCAUCCCAUCGAAGCCUUCUUUGUAUUUUCAUGAAGCUAGCAUUCCUGAUUCAAGCUUCUUUCAACACCUUGGCGUGUUUGAUUUGUCACACAAUAUGUUGUCUGGUUCCAUACCUGAGGAGAUGGGGAACCUCAUGUUUGUAGUGGAUCUUUUACUUAACAAUAACAAGCUUGCCGGUGAAAUUCCUGGAUCACUUUCAAGGUUGAUAAAUCUUACAACCUUGGAUUUGUCUGGAAAUAUGUUAACCGGCUCCAUUCCACCAGAACUCGUUGAUUCUUCCAAGCUUCAGGGCCUGUAUCUGGGAAAUAAUCAGCUCACUGGAACCAUCCCUGGGAGAUUAGGUGGUCUGUGCAGCUUGGUGAAGCUGAAUUUGACUGGUAAUCAGUUGCAUGGUCCAGUUCCUCGUAGUCUUGGAGACUUGAAAGAGCUUACUCACUUAGAUUUGAGCUAUAAUGAGCUUGAUGGUGAGCUUCCUUCUUCGGUAUCGCAAAUGCUGAAUCUUGUGGGGCUUUAUGUUCAGCAGAACCGGCUAUCUGGGCCUUUAGACGAGCUCCUAUCAAGUUCCAUGGCAUGGAAGAUUGAAACUAUGGAUUUGAGUAAUAAUUUCUUUGAUGGAAACUUGCCGCGAUCAUUUGGAAACCUUUCAUACUUGACAUAUUUGGAUCUUCAUGGAAAUAAAUUCACAGGAACCGUUCCUGUAGAGCUUGGGAAUUUAAUGCAACUCGAAUAUUUUGAUGUUUCAGGGAAUAGGUUAUCAGGGAAAAUUCCAGAGAAUAUAUGUGCCCUGGUUAAUCUGUUUUAUUUGAAUUUGGCAGAAAACAGUUUAGAAGGACCAGUACCGAGAAGUGGUAUUUGUCUAAACCGGUCAAAAAUUUCUCUCGCUGGCAACAAAGAUCUCUGCGGGAGAAUCUUGGGUUUAGAUUGCAGGAUCAAAAGCUUUAACAAGUCGAAUUUUUUGAAUGCUUGGGGACUUGCUGGGAUUGCGGUUGGAUGUAUGAUUGUCGCUCUUAGUACAGCCUUUGCUCUGCGGAAAUGGAUUAUGAGAGACAGUGGGCAAGGUGACCCUGAGGAAAUUGAGGAAAGAAAACUGAACAGUUUUAUUGAUCGAAACUUGUACUGCUUGAGCAGCAGCAGAUCGAAGGAACCUCUGAGUAUCAACAUAGCCAUGUUUCAGCAGCCUCUUCUGAAAAUAACAUUAGUUGAUAUUCUUGAAGCCACCAACAACUUUUGCAAGACGAACAUCAUUGGAGAUGGAGGUUUUGGUACUGUAUACAAGGCCACUCUACCUGAUGGAAAGACAGUUGCGGUCAAGAAGCUGAGCCAAGCCAAGACACAAGGUGACCGAGAAUUUAUAGCUGAAAUGGAAACGUUGGGGAAGGUUAAGCAUCAGAAUCUUGUCGCAUUGCUCGGAUAUUGUUCUUUUGGGGAGGAAAAGCUCCUUGUUUAUGAAUACAUGGUAAAUGGGAGCUUAGAUCUCUGGCUAAGAAAUCGAAGCGGGGCUCUUGAUGUCCUUGAUUGGCCAAAGCGCUUCAAGAUUGCAACUGGUGCAGCAUGUGGGCUAGCUUUUCUCCACCAUGGAUUCACCCCCCACAUCAUUCACAGGGACAUCAAGGCCAGCAACAUCCUACUUAAUGAGAAUUUCGAGCCCAGGGUUGCUGAUUUUGGCCUGGCCAGAUUGAUCAGUGCUUGUGAAACUCAUGUUAGCACUGACAUAGCGGGUACAUUUGGCUACAUACCACCAGAGUAUGGUCAGAGCGGGAGGUCCACUUCAAGAGGAGAUGUCUAUAGCUUUGGUGUAAUUCUUCUUGAAUUGGUGACCGGGAAAGAGCCAACAGGACCAGAUUUCAAAGAGGUUGAAGGGGGGAACCUAGUUGGUUGGGUGUCUCAAAAGAUUAAGAAGGGGCAGACUGCUGAUGUUCUUGAUCCAACAGUCCUUGGUGCAGAUUCCAAGCCAAUGAUGCUUCAAGUGCUGCAGAUUGCUGCUGUUUGCCUGUCUGACAAUCCAGCAAAAAGACCUACUAUGCUUAAAGUAUUGAAGUUCCUGAAAGGGAUCAGAGAUGAGUAGGUGUAGAUUAUCUUUGUGUCUGUGAUCUUAUAAAGUUUGUUGCUAAUAACAACCCCUUAACAUGUUUAGGAAAGAAAUCUGUUGGAAUCUGCAGCUGCAAAAGCUAGUCCAGUUCAUAAUUUCAAUUCAGAGUUUUUUUUUUUUGUUCAAUGUUACAAGAAAUUUAGGUUGCGCUUGGAAAACCAUCUGAGACAUAAAAGUGAAUCAUGUUUCUUUAUGUAUAUAUUACUAAUUUGUUUUUUUUUUUUU